AUGAACGCUUUGCCUUCGAUCAUGAAAUAAUAUGCGUAGAAGUCUAUAAGUACAGUUUGGGAGGCGAUUAGCUCAAUAAGUACUUUUUCGCUCGUUGAGUUGUGCGCGUCGUGGUCGCCUUGGAUUCGGAAGCUGUUAUAUGGUGAUAGAAAACCAAAAAUGACACCCAACACCAAGAACGGUUCCGCACUGUGCGAACAGUCGCAAAGCUAUCUGCAGGGCCCACGGGACAGGCCCUUCCUGUACCGAACCAUCGGUCAGCACCUGCGGGAAGCCGCCGACCGGUAUCCCAACCACGAGGCCCUGGUGUCGCUCCACGAGGGCCUGCGCUACUCGUACGCCGAGGUGCUGGACCGCGCCGAUCGACUGGCAGCGGGUUUUUAUCUGCUCGGUCUCCAGAAGGGCGAUCGCGUCGCCAUUUGGGCCCCCAACAGUGCGGCGUACUACUUGAGCACGCUGGCCGUGGCCCGUGCCGGGAUGAUUUCGGUUGGCAUUAAUCCGGCGUACCAAAUUCCAGAACUUGAGUACGCUCUGAACAAGGUUGGCGUGAAGGCGCUGAUCACGAUCGAGUGCUUUCGGGAGCGAAACUACUACGAAAUGUUGAUGGAGUUGCUUCCUGAGCUUGCUGCAGGGUCUCCGGGGAACCUCAAGUGUUCCCGCGUGCCAACGCUGAAAGCGGUCAUAAUUGAUGCUGAAAAUAUGAGAUACCCCGGCACUAUUUCCGCCCACGAACUUUUGCGCCUCCCAUCGGAUCAGCAAGUACACGCGAUCGAGUCCAUCCAGUCGCGCAUUUGCCCGGACAGCGGCGCCUGUUUGCUUUUUACCUCGGGAACAACCGGCAAGCCGAAGGCCGCUCUGCUGUCUCAUUUCGCACUGAUCAACCACAGUGUAACGAUCGCCGAGCGGAAUGACCUGGGGAGGAAAAUGCACCGAGCCUGCGUUCAUAUUCCACUUUUUCACGUGUACGGGCUAUCGUUUGGGGUGUUGAGUGCGCUGAGUUAUGGCACUACGGCGGUCCUGCCGGGGUAUUGGUUCAACGCGAGUGAUUCUUUGAACGCGAUCGCUCGGGAAAAGUGCACCGUCAUGUACGGGACGCCGACCAUGUACGUGGACCUGCUGCGGGAGUAUCGCAAGGGAAUGGUCAACCUGCACCGGAUGGAUCUGGCGAACUACGCUGCGGCCUGCUGUUCACCCCAGUUGAUUCUGGAGUUGGAAAGUGUCAUGGGUAUUCGGAAGGUGCUGGCCGCUUACGGGAUGACGGAGCUAUCCGGGGUGACGUUCAUGAGUCAGGCUGAAGAUUCGACGCAGACCGCGUUGGAAUCCGUUGGGAGGAUCGCCGAUCAUUACGAGGCCAAGGUGGUUGAUCGGGAGGGGGGCAUCGUCCCGUUUGGGACCCCGGGAGAGCUGUGGGUCCGGGGAUUUGGUAACUUGCUCGGUUAUUGGGGUGAUGAAGAUAAAACCAAGGAAAUUAUGGGUCCAGAUGGGUGGCUCAAAACUGGUGAUCAGUUUGUGCUGCGACCGGAUGGGUACGGAAGAAUCGUCGGACGGAUAAAGGAGCUGAUCAUUCGGGGUGGUGAGAACAUCUACCCGAGGGAAAUCGAAGACGUGCUGAACACUCACCCGGCCAUCCUGGAAUCACACUGCAUUGGAGUGCCAAAUGAGCGGCUUGGGGAGGAGGUUUGCGCUUACAUAGAUCGACUGGCCGCAGCGUUCUAUCAACUAGGCCUUGAAAAGGGUGAUCGCGUGGCCAUUUGGGCGCCCAACUGUUCGGCCUACUAUUUGGCCACGUUUGCGGUGGCACGUGCCGGGAUGAUUUCGGUGGGAGUCAAUCCGGCGUACCAAGUUCCCGAGCUGGAGUUUGCUCUUAACAAAGUUGGUGUCAAAGCGCUGGUGAUGGCUGAGUCAUUCCGAACGAGAAAUUACUACAAUGUUCUUGAGGAACUCAUCCCAGAGCUUUCUGGUAGUGUCCCUGGAAAGUUGAAGUCCUUAAGAGUUCCAUCGUUGAAGACGGUUGUCAUUGACUGUGAAGAGCGUUCUUAUCCAGGAACCUUCUCCAUGUUCGAACUACUGGAGCUUCCGACGGAGCAGCAAAUCAAGAAUAUUGAGUCCAUGCAAACGCGUAUUUGUCCGGAUAGUGGGGCAUGUAUGCUGCUAACAUCCGGGACAACGGGUCAACCGAAAGUCGCUCUGUUGUCCCAUUUCGGAUUGGUCAACAACGCAACUCAGGCCGCUCGCAGGAAUGAACUGGACUCGAAAGAUCAUCGCGUUUGCGUUCACGUUCCUUUGUUCCAUGCGUUCGGGCUUGUGUUUGGUGUGUUCUCGACGCUGAACUACGGAUCAACGAUGGUUCUGCCUAGUGCUGGAUUCAAGGGAAGUGACUCGCUAAAGGCGAUCAACAAAGAGAAGUGCACCGUAGUGUACGGAACUCCGACGAUGUUCGUCGACAUGCUCGCAGAGUCCCGCAAGGAUAACGUCGACUUGCACCCCAUGGAUCUUGCGAUCUUCGGGGCCGCGUCCUGUUCUCCGCAGCUGCUGCUGAAUGCCCAAAAUCAGCUAGGGAUUCGCCAGGUUCGAACCGGUUACGGCAUGACGGAGACUUCUUGUGCUACUUUUCUGUGUGAUCGUGGUGACUCAACUGAGUCAUCGCUGGAGACGGUUGGUCGGAUCAUGGACCAGUGUGAGGCCAAGGUGGUCGAUCGUGAAGGAAACAUUGUACCUUUUGGAACUCCGGGUGAACUGUGGAUACGGGGCUACGGAACGAUGCUGGGAUUCUGGGGUGAUGAACGAAAAACGAAGGAAGUUCUCAGCAAUGACCGGUGGUUCCGGACGGGGGAUCAGUUUGUGCUUCAACCCGACGGAUACGGACAAAUAGUUGGAAGACUGAAGGAGAUGAUCAUUCGUGGUGGCGAGAACAUCUACCCGAAGGAGCUUGAGGAUGUUCUGAACACAAUCCCGGAGGUGCUCGAGACUCAUUGCAUUGGCGUUCCAGACGAUCGGCUUGGAGAGGAGGUGUGUGCUUACGUCCGAGUGGACGAUUCCGUGGAGGGUCAGCAGUUUGAUAUGGACCGGUUGAAACGAUUUUGUAAAGAUAAGCUGGCACAUUACAAGAUCCCCAAGCAUUUGAGAGUGGUCGAGGAGUUACCGAAGACGACGACCGGAAAGGUACAGAAGUUUAGGUUGCUGGAAUUGUUUUUGAUGGAAAAUAAAGAAAAUUGAAA